CAGUAUCACGCACCUUCGCAGGUGAAACAAACCGCGUUGUGUUCCGGACAAUUAUUUUCUAUAUGAGUAGAACGUAGAAACGUGUUUACAGAAGAAGAAAACCAAUGUGUUCAAACAGGAGAGACGGCCUCGGCCUUGCUACUGUUACCGGUGUACUAUGUCAUUGAGAGGAUCCGUCUGAACGAAGAAUCAGAUUUCUCCGGUUGCUUUCUUUCUUUUGCCACGUGCUUCGCAUUCCUGCGGAUCUUUAAACAAUUUCUUCCUGCAUUUUUCUUUUGUUCGCUGCAUCCGUGCGCUCCUUUUUUUUAGUCGAAAGGUGUUCUGCAACUUUGUGCUGUAACGUGAUAACAUCAGAAUGUAUCAAGUUAUUUUCUUCUUCCUCGUUCCCAUUUUCGGAGCAUUUCACGAAACCGCAGGCGCCUCACAACACAUUAGCAAAGACCUUUCCAACCGCUAUAAUGCUCGUUUUCACGUUUAUGAAGAACCAUACAGCAUCGAGUUCACAUAUCAUAAUUACGAGCAAAUGAGUCGUUUUCUACGAGCCACCUCUCUUCGUUUUCAAAACUUAACUGCCUUAUAUUCUAUAGGAAAGUCUGUGAAAGGGCGUGAUUUGUGGGUAAUGGUUGUAUCGUCUUCGCCUUACGAACAUAUGAUCGGUAAACCUGAUGUGAAAUAUGUAGCCAAUAUACACGGAAACGAAGCCGUUGGACGUGAAUUAAUGUUACAUCUUAUUCAUCAUCUUGUAACAAAUUAUGGAUCAGAUCCAUACAUAACGUGGCUUCUAGAUAAUACUAGAAUUCAUAUUCUUCCGUCAAUGAAUCCUGAUGGUUUUGAAGUAUCAAAAGAAGGAUACUGUGAAGGUGGACAAGGCAGAUACAACGCUCGAGGUUUCGAUUUGAACCGCAAUUUCCCCGACUACUUUAAGCAAAACAAUAAGAAAAGUCAGCCGGAAACGGAAGCUGUUAAAGAAUGGGUAUCCAAAAUUCAAUUUGUGUUAUCGGGAAGUUUGCACGGAGGUGCCUUGGUUGCUAGUUACCCAUUUGACAAUACGCCAAACUCGCUGUUUCAGAGUUAUACAUCAUCACCAAGUAUUUCACCAGAUGACGACGUGUUUCAACACCUAUCACUAGUAUAUUCACGUAAUCAUGGAUCUAUGUACCACGGAUUACCUUGUUCACCAACACAACCAGGGUUCAAAAAUGGCAUCACCAAUGGUGCUCAAUGGUAUCCGCUUACUGGAGGAAUGCAAGAUUUCAAUUAUGUGUGGAAUGGAUGUAUGGAAAUCACUUUGGAACUUUCAUGUUGUAAAUAUCCACCUGCUUCAGAUUUACAAUUCUACUGGGAGGAAAAUCGUGUGGCUCUCAUCAAGUUCUUAGCAGAAGCUCACAGAGGUGUUCGUGGCUUUGUUGUGGAUGACAAUGGAAACCCUAUUGAGAGAGCAUCUAUCAAAGUUAAAUCAAGGGAUGUUAGUUUUCUAACUACAAAAUAUGGUGAAUUUUGGAGAAUCUUACUGCCAGGAGUAUACAAAUUAGAGGUAUAUGCAAAUGGAUAUAUGCCUCGUGAUGUUGAGUUUAGAGUAUUAGAGCAACACCCAACGUCUUUCAAUGUGACACUGUUCAGAGCAAACAGACAUCCAAAUGAAGAUGAAGCUGCGUCAAAUUUUUACAAUGGAAAUAGGGACCACAUUAAUCGGGAUCAUGUGAUACAUUUUCGACCUCAUUCUGGAACCAAUACUGCUUCAGACUCAAAUAGCGGGAUCUUCUCUUCUCUUAGUAACGGAUUCAAUUCUUUUGUUAACAACUGGUUUGGAUGAUUGAUUAUUAGUUAACAGAUGACUGGAUCGAUAGCAUUGUUGUUGUUUCAUAUGAAUAUUAUAUAAAUUCUGUUACAAUUAUAUAAACUUUGACACUAGGAUUGUAAAUAAUGGACCAACCAUGUUGCAAGCAGAAAUGAUUGAAACAUUGUUGCAGAUAUUUAUGAACAAUUGUUAUUCUAUUCUAUAAUAUAAACGUUAAUAAAAUAGACUGUACUUUGAAUAACAAAAUUUUGAAGAAAUGUUCAAGUUUAGCAU